CCGGUGGCUUCCGCCCGUGCACAGUCCACCGGCCCGCCGAGCGAGCGAGCGGGCGGAGGAGCGCGGGCGGGAGUUGGCAGGGGCAGGUGGGCGGCCGAGUGCAGCCAGGGCACCCGACGGGCGAAGAUGUCGGACAUCGGGGACUGGUUCAGGAGCAUCCCGCCCAUCACGCGCUACUGGUUCGCCGCCACCGUCGCGGUCCCUCUGGUCGGCAAGCUUGGUCUUAUCAGCCCGGCCUACUUUUUCCUCUGGCCCGAAGCCUUCCUCUAUCGUUUCCAGAUAUGGAGACCAUUCACUGCCACCUUUUAUUUCCCUGUGGGUCCAGGAACUGGAUUUCUUUAUUUGGUCAAUUUAUAUUUCUUAUAUCAGUAUUCUACACGACUUGAAGCAGGAGCUUUUGAUGGGAGGCCAGCCGACUAUUUAUUCAUGCUUCUUUUUAACUGGAUUUGCAUCGUCAUCACUGGCUUAGCAAUGGAUAUGCAGUUACUGAUGAUCCCUCUGGUUAUGUCGGUGCUUUAUGUCUGGGCGCAGCUCAACAGAGACAUGAUCGUAUCGUUCUGGUUUGGAACGCGAUUUAAGGCCUGCUAUUUACCCUGGGUUAUCCUUGGAUUCAACUAUAUCAUCGGAGGCUCGGUGAUCAAUGAGCUAAUUGGAAACCUUGUUGGACAUCUUUAUUUCUUCCUAAUGUUCAGAUACCCAAUGGAUUUGGGAGGAAGGAAUUUUCUGUCCACGCCUCAGUUUUUGUACCGCUGGCUGCCCAGCAGAAGAGGAGGGGUGUCGGGGUUCGGUGCGCCCCCUGCUAGCAUGAGGCGAGCUGCUGAUCAGAAUGGUGGAGGUGGGAGACACAACUGGGGCCAGGGCUUCCGGCUCGGAGACCAGUGAGGAGCGGCCCUGGCCUGCCCACCGCCGCUCCGCGCAGUCCGUUCCUCCCAGUGCUGGGUGUGCUUGACGGCCGAGGUCUUGCUGCUGCUUUUGGACCUGACCCACACUGAAUGUAGUCUUUCUGAACAAGACAACAUUUUUUAAAUCCUGAGGGAAAUACAAGUGUUCCUCACGUUUCAUGAUUCUCAUUCAGUCCUUACCGCUGUGGAGAACAAGUAUCGCCCUGCAGAUCGCAACACUGACUCUUGGUCUGGUGUCUUCUUUUUCUCCCUUUUCGUCCGAAUGAUGAGCUGAGCGUCUGGGGUAGGGGAACCAGACCCUGUCAAAAGGAAUCUUGCCUCUUUCUUGCACACAUGCCUCCCUCCAACUUUUCCCAGCCCCAAAGUUGUAACUAGAGUAACUCCCCACAAAAUAGUUCUGUCUUUGACAAAUUUAUUUAUUGACUUUUGCCAAAGCUGGGUCACAAAGAACUCGUUUACUCAGUCGUUUCCCCCUUUCUCAGCAGAACUGUAACAGUAGGAAGAACUGAACAGUGCAUGGAGAGCUUUCUUGGCCUCUGGGACUGUACCAGCCUGGCAGCACUUGCAAGCACUUGCCUCCUCUUGAGAUGCUGUCAUGAGAAAACACCACUGAGUCAGUGAGGACCUGACCUGGUGGUGGUGAGGCUCAAGGGUUGUUGCUAGGCAGCUUUUUUUCCCAAGCUAAGUGAUCAAAACCACAGUGGAGUUGCUUCAUGGAGGUGACAUUUAAAUGUGGUCCUUUGAUUUCCUCUGUAGGGUGUACUGGUUUUACACACCCAGGGCCCUUGUGGGGUGGUGUGAAAGAAGGUUUCAGAUCACACUGGCCACACAGGUACCCUGCGAUAGGCCUCUGGGGUUCACUCUAUUUCAGCCUCAUUCUGGAUAUGUGUGUGACCCUUGAGUUAGUGGAGGGGAGAGCUUCAGACUUUUUCUCUUCUCUCUUUUUGCUCCUCCCCCUCUUUUUUGUCCCUGUCCUUUUUUGGUUUAGUGCUUCAGUUAAUUGUGAGGGAAUUACAGCUCCUCUUAAUGCAUAGAUCAUUUUUAAAGCUAAUGUAAGCACAUCUGAGUGAGUCACACAUAAUUUUGGGUUGCAAUGGCUUUAGAAUAAUUUAUAUCUGAAGAUCUUUAUUAUUUUGAGUCAUGAAUGUAUACACUUUGUGAAUCAGACCAGCUUGAAUGCCCACAACUCCCUUUUCAUAGGUGGGCUUUUGCCACCAGAACUCAGCCCUUCACCAAAUAAAGUUUUCUGAAGGCUGCGUACGGUGCCUCAUCAAGUUACUUACACUUGGGUCUGGACGAGGACUGCUGGGAGCCGUGGGAAGUGGCUGCAAUGCUUAGCAUCUACUAAAGGUUUUGAAAUUUUGGUCAGGUCUUUAAUCGUGCCCUAACAGUAUGACUUUUCUUUCCUCACUUAUUAAAACUGUGAUGUUUGUUAUAUUACGGAAUGGGCGUUUGAAAAUGAGCUCUUCGUUUCUAAUGAAGUUUGCGUGUACUUCUCCAUAUUUAAUUUAUAUGAUAAACUGUUAGGUUGAGAGGCUGACUCUAAACGGUCAGGCUGUUCUGUUGACCUGUGGAUGAAAUAAAAUGUGCUUGUAAAAUUCGAGAAGCCAUUCUUCCUGUCACCCUGCAUGUGCCCUCACCAUACAGGUGGCGGCUUAUCCUGUGUGGAAGAGGAGGGCGCCACAGGGACUGGAGCUUCUCCUGAGCUCCACACGCCUGGCUGCCCGGGGAGCACUGGCCUUCCUGAAGGUGUGCCACCACUUAGAGCUUUCUAGCGCAAGACAAGUGCUCACUGAGUCUCUUAAACGCAGUUAGGGAGCUGAUAAGUUUAUUGAUCCUGUCUAGAUGAGCAGUCUUUCUGGAAUAACUUUACCAAAGCAAGCUGUUUGAGUUUUGACCUGGCAAGGUAAGACACCAAUGGAUUUUCCUUAUGAAUGGAAAAAAAAAGUCCAUAUUUUGUAUAGCAAGCUUCCCUUUUUGUAAUCUUUUUUAUUGGUGAAAAUUGUAAAUUAAAAUGUGCAACUUGAAGGUCA